UUGGAGAGCCACACACUGCUGAGCACGGAGCAGAGCAGCAGCCAAGGUGAUGGCGGCUGAGGCAGGGAUGCUUGAGCUGCCCUUCACCUGCGACGAGCAGCUCACCCGGCGCAUGCGGCUGCGAUUCCAGAGCCUGCAGCAAAGAAACACGAGGCCCCAGGAUGGCGAGAGGCUGCUGCGUCCCAAUGAGCACAUCUACCGAGUGGAUUUCAUCCAGCAGCACCAACUGCGCUUCCUCCGCUGGGACGUGCAGCUGGAGAGCCCUGGGAAGGUCACGGUGACUGGCACCUCCCAGCACUGGACUCCUGAUCUCACCCACCUGAUGAACCGGCAGCUGCUGGAACCGGUGGGCAUCUUCUGGAAGAAGCCAGGGGCUGAGGAGGUGCAGUGCAACGAGGCAGAUGCCCAGGAGUUUGGGGAGCGGAUAGCAGAACUAGCCCAGAUCCGCAAGGUGAUGUAUUUCCUCCUCUCUUUCACUGGCGGCCUCGAACCAGCUCAGCUGAAAGGCUCCAUUGUUUUUAAAGCCUGAUCCCCUCUUGCUCAGCUUUUCUCGCUCCAGCUAUGCUUCUUUCAGUUCAGUUCUUUGGUCCAUUUUUAUAUCUGUUUUUUUCUUUCUCUCUUUUUAAUGAGAGACAGCACCAUGGUGAAGCAGAGAACAGCUCAGUGCUUCAGGAGCCCGUCAACCCUGUGAAAUAUUCCCCAAAUGUGCUGCCCUCUGUCUAGAUGAUGAGAAGGGGACCAUGAGCUUGCUGCUGCAUUUGCCUGGAGUAUAAGACUGUAUGCUUUUGAAUUCAUUAGGGAUCCAUGCAGGGUCUUACUGGCUCGGAAAUAUGAGGCUGUCCUAAAUCCUCUCACUGUAGGAACUGCACAGCAAAAACCCACUGGAAAAAUAAGUAAUUGUCAUGCCAGAAACUAGCAGGGACCCCUGGAGAGAGCCCUGCUUUCCAGUUUCCAUCCUAGCCAUUAAAAAGGGAGAGCUUGUUUGUGAUGGAGUUCCUCUCCUUGCAAGGUGCUGAGUGCUUGCAGGUUCUGGUGACUUGUGCUGCUGCUGUGGCUGCUUGGAGUCUCUGAAGACCAAUUCCAUGGAGAAUCCACCUUGCUGUGAAGCUGAAGUACCUACACUUGGACUCGCUGUGUUCUGCAGAUUGUAAACUCACUGGACUGAUGGGGAGGUUGGACCAGCCUUUCCUGACCACUGCCAUCAUUUCUUGCUGGGGGGAGGGUGGAAUUUCUUGGUCCAAGAUGGGCUGGAGUGUGGGUGCUUGUGAGGGCAGAGCCAGCAGCUCAGAGCAGCCAAGGCCAGGAAUGAGUCCUCUGCAGCAGAGCUAACUUGUGCUUUGUUCUGUCCUUAAAGCACCCAUGAAAAUAUUUACUCUGAAGUGUCUCUGGAGAGCCAUGAGGCUACAGAGCAAUUUGCAAGCCACAGAGCAGGAACCUGCUGCUUCUGUCCAUGAAAAGCAGUGUCUCCUGCCCUCU